AUGGAUUCUUUAUAUACCAACUUUUUACGUUUUCCUACCUUGAUUCAUGCGAAUGCUAAACCCUCUCAUUAUGAACGUGAAUUAAAAUGGCGAUUUCAUCAAGAUGCCAUUCGACUUCAUACAGGUUAUGCUGAUUUCCGUUAUGGUGCCUUUGUACCUCGAUGGAAAGUACAGACUUUUUUGACUCAGUUAGGUAAAUCAGGCUUGAACAAGGACAGUAUUCGACAGGCUGAACAUUAUUUUGCUAUCUGGAUGAAUCAAUAUCCUUGGUUAUUAUGUAAUCCACCUUAUACAGCCAAAGGAGAUAAAGCAACAGAUCAAGACAUUGCUUAUCCUUCCACUUUGGAUCACUACACGUAUGAUGCCGUGCGUCAUCUACAAAGAUCGCUCAUUCAAGAUCAAUCAGAAGCACCUCAAGAUUACUUUGAAAGAAUAGAAGAUCAACCCUCUUUAGAGUACAGAGAUGUACGUUCUUCUUGUGCUCAUGAUCGUUGUCUCUUCAUGACCAACAUGGAUCCUUUUGUACGUCCUGAACAAGUCGAGUUUGAUUAUCAAAACAUGACUUCGAUAGCUAAACUAGAGGAUGCUUAUGAUGAAUAUUCUAUCAUGCCUUCGUUUGUUGAAUGGAAUGAACAUUCGUUCCAUAGAGUAGUAGACAAUGAUCCCAGUUCAUGCUGGCAUACAAUUUAUGAACCCAAGCAAGGAGAUUAUUUAGGUUUAAUGUUAGUAGGCACAGCCAACACAAAGACAUUCGUUAUCCAUACACCUCAAAAGAUCAAACAUCCUGAAAGACAGCUCAGUGUCUCUGUACUUCAGAGUGCAAGUACAUGGGUGGAAUGUAAAAUCACAGAUCAAACAGUACCUGACACAGAUCGCAUCACGCUGGGUAUCCAAUGCCCUGUGCCUUAUUUCAGAGCCAUCAAGGCUACGUUCAUCAAACAACAGAUAGAACCCUUUCAGAUCUGUGGCUUAUCUAUGGACUAUUUAUCUGUCUAA